CUAGAAGGUACAGCUAUGCGAUAUUGUCAGUUACUGUGACGAUGUUUAUGCCAAGAGCCUUGAAAGUGAAGAGACCUGCCCAUGGACCUGAUAAAGGUUCGAGUAAGAAAAGCAAGGGGGAUCAUCAGGAGAGCAAGGAAAGUGUUUCAGAAGCAGCUGCCCUGAAGGUGGAUCCAUGUGAAGGCAAUACAACACAGAAUGAAGCAAUACAAGCAGAUGGAGACGCCGUGCAUUUCACAGAGAGUGUAACAUGUGAAGAUGGUCAUAUGUCCUCCUCAGAUGAUGUGGAAGAAGAGGAGCCAGUGAAAUCUUUCAAAAAGAACCAGAGAUGGCCUGAGCCAGGGGAGCCUGUCUGUGUGAUUUGCGGUCGCUUUGGGGAAUACAUAUGUGAUGCAACUGAUAACGACGUGUGCAGCCUCGAAUGCAAAGCCAGUCAUUUGGUGAAAAUGGGAAUGGGGACUGGGGCAGAUGCAUUUAAUCCUAAUAACAAAAACAUUGACGAAAAGACUCAACAACCUCAUCAGCCAGAAGUUAAAACUGGAGGUACAGGCACAAGUGAAACGGUCUAUUCUUAUAAGGAAGAUAAAUUCAUAUCAAGCCUAACAGAUGAGCAGGUCCAGCGAAUUAAACAGGAGCUCGGCAUUGAAACGCAGGGGAGAGAUGUCAGGAGACCCAUCAUUGAGUUUCAACACUGUGGCUUUCCCUCGACCGUAAGUGGCAACCUGAAAAAGGCCGGUUAUGAGGCCCCAACGCCAGUGCAGAUGCAGAUGAUGCCAGUUGGUCUCACAGGCAGGGAUGUGAUUGCCAGCGCUGACACGGGCUCAGGGAAGACUGUAGCCUUUCUGAUGCCAGUAGUGGUGAGAGCCCUGGAGAAUCCAGCUCACAGUGUUUGCAGCCCUGUAGCUCUGAUCCUGACCCCCACCAGAGAGCUGGCCAUCCAGAUCGAGAGGCAGGCGAAGGAGCUGGUGAUGGGGCUUCCCAACAUGCGAACUGCUCUGCUGGUGGGCGGCAUGCCGCUCCCCCCACAGCUCCAUCGCCUCAAGAGAAGCAUCAAAAUUGUCAUAGCGACACCUGGGAGACUCAUUGAGAUACUGAAACAGAAAGCACUGCAGCUUAACAAAGUGAAGAUUGUGGUGGUCGACGAGGUCGACACCAUGUUGAAGAUGGGCUUCCAGCAGCAGGUGCUGGAGAUUCUGGAGCAAGUCACGGAAGAACACCAGACUCUGCUGGCCUCGGCCACCAUCCCAGCAGGGACGGAAGAUCUAGCUGCCCGCUUGGUCCAUGACCCAGUACGCAUCGCCAUUGGUGAGAAGAAUCAGCCCUGUGCCAACGUUAGACAGAUCCUGCUGUGGGUAGAGGAGCCGUCCAAGAAGAAGAAGCUGUUUGAAAUUCUAAACGAUGGCAAACUGUACCAGCCUCCGGUGGUGGUGUUUGUAGACUGUAAACUGGGUGCUGAUCUGCUGUGUGAGGCGGUUGCCAAGGUGACAGGUCUCACUACCGUGGCAAUCCACUCCGACAAGAACCAGUGGGAACGCAACCGCAUUCUCAGGGGUCUCCUGGAAGGAGACUUUGAAGUGGUAGUUAGCACGGGUGUGCUAGGCAGAGGACUGGAUCUGGUUAACGUCAGACUGGUGGUUAACUUUGACAUGCCAAACACAAUGGAUGAGUAUGUACACCAGGUUGGUAGAGCGGGGAGGCUGGGACACAGGGGAACAGCCAUCACCUUCAUCAACAACAACAACAAACGCCUCUUCUCGGAGGUGGUGAACCGUGUCAAACCCACGGGCUCUAUUCUCCCCCCUCAGCUGCUAAACUCCCCCCACCUCCAUGAACAACAGAGAAGGGGGAGACAGAAAACCAAGAUGGGAUCUGGGGGCAAGCAGGUUACCAAGGACAACCUGCUUGAUAUCAUAAGGAAACACGACCGUCAGAAGAAGUAGCCGUUUCUUCUACUCAUUCCUUUUUGUAGCACAUCUGCUUGAUGA